AUAAUAUUAUGUGUAUAAUAAUUCAAUGAUAUAAUAUGAUGUCUAAUCAUUUUGAUUUGAGGUGAAUUUAUUCAUCGUUUUUUGUAUGGGCGAUUAACGUAUUUUCUAAUAAAUAAUACAUUUAAUAUUUAUGCAAUAAGUAGGUAAUGCACUAUGAUCUGUCAACAACUAACAACAGUGUACAUCGUUAUGACAACAUAUUAUAAAAUCGCAUCCGGGCAAUUGUCGUUUAGUCAGAGACUAGCCCUCUCACGUAAUUACCCACGAUCCAUGCUGAACCACGGCGUGUUGCGGCGGCCGCCAUUUGGCUAUCACUUCGAGACGAGAAGACACAUCUCGAAUACUUAUCCGAGGAAUUCGUAUAAGAUAAGGUACGGUCUAUCGAACGUUGUCAGAAACAAUAAUCGCGGAUCAUCGUCACCGUCGAAGGGUGGAAAAAGAAAUCCCAAAAAAAAGAAAUCCGACGAUGUAGACGAUGGUGAGACGCCAGACGACACCUCUCCGCCGGCCACGAGUCCACCAGCUGGGAGUCCAACAGCCGAGAGUCCACCCGAAGGGAGCCCACCAGCCGCCAAUCCAGCGCCGCCUGGAGGACAAAGUGCACCGUAGAGCCAAAGAGCAAAACGGACAGACAGCGAGUUGUCACCAGCUUUUUAAAAAUUAAAACAAGCAAUAUUAUCAUUUUAUUAUAUUAUUCAAAUAACCUUACUCAUUUCCAAUUCAGCCUUUUCGUGUGUUUGAAAAUGUUUAAAUAAUAUAAUAGCUACUAGGUCACCUUUUUUUUGUGUGGUGUAGAUACUAGGCAAUCUAGUCGAAAUAACUACACAUAUGUAUCUUUUUUAUUAGAAAGACAAGUCUUUUAAAGUUAAUUUAAUAACAAAAUUUCAC